UUUAUCCGUCAUUAAACGCGGCUAAUGGGUUUUCAUGUUACAAGAGGUGGGCGAGCCCUUAUGGAGGAACUUCCCCUCUAAGUGUCAUUAUAGUCUGGGUGUCCACUUCCAGCCAACGGCCCUACUUUACACGACUAUGGCGUUUUUACGUCCCCCUGAAUUCGCGUGAAGUUGUGAGAUGAGUCGAGCACCGGCAAUCCAAAAUGACAUAUUUCUUGUUUGUUUUUUAAGACAUAGACAAUAAGCGAAACACGCAGACGCCAUCUCUCUCUCUCUCGCGCGCGCGCGCGCGCACACGUGUAUAUGUCACAUGUACACGUUUAAAAUGGUGCAGUGGUGUCACACGAAGAUCCGUCACCGGCAAGGAAAUCUGAAAUUAAGACAUUCUGCGGGAGUUGUGCAAAAUCUCAAAGUACGCCGACUUUAUAGCCUCUUUCGAAGAGCGGACCGCUGCUGGAGGAGCGGAGGAGGAAGUGGAUCUCUUACGUCGAGUAGAAGUGGGCAGAGCCUGUGAGGGAUAACAAGCGCAGACAGCAGCCGAGCGGACGGCAGAAGACGACAGAGGGGGGCAGAGCGACCAUGGCGGAGUCGGAGCGACGCGGCGGAACGAGAAAGAGAAGAGAAACGGCCAAAAAACGUCGAAAAUCGCCCAAGUACACCACGCCGGCUCGGGCUACAUGAAGCGGGACGGUGACACCCCCGGGGGGGAAAGGGGAUUCCGCGAUGUUGCACAAACUGGGUGAAAGAAGCAAAGGAAUCAUCUGACGUGAGAAAUGGUUUGACAUUUUCCCACCAUGAGCUGAGGGAUUGGAGCAAUUCGUAUUGAAAUGAUUACUCAGUCAAGACAUUGACUAACUCAAAGGAAACACGAAGACAGCCCUACCCCAAUCAGCUGGAUAUCACUGAAGUGGACACAGCGUUGUUUGACAUGAAGAUGGCAAGUGAUUUGGCUUUUAGCCAAAUUUUGACAAGAUGAAACGCUUUUUCUUUUUGGUCUGGAUUGUUUCUCAAUUGGAUUUUUCGUUUUUCGAAACUCGGACAUUGGAGCACGUUCUGGAAUAAUGGUUGUUGAGUGGACCCCAUGAAAAUGACUGUUUUUGAAAGAAACACAGCCUAUGUACGUUUGAUAUUCAAAUGCUGUUCUUAAAUAAAGUGUGUGAACUCGUAUUUUUUCCUGACUUUUUCAUUAGCUAAUAGGUGUGCUAGUUGGCGCAAACUGAAAACAAAUUACAUAAACUUAAAGGAAUAAGUGAGAAAACUCAGUUAAAUUAAGAUAUUUUACAUGAACUUGUGUCAGUUAACAUCUACAGUGUGCUUUGAUAGUAUACAACCACGAAUUUACAAUUUAAGCAUUAUUUUAAUGCCUUUAUUUGCUGUCAUUGCUUAGUCUUUCUCAAUUUUGAUCACUGUCUCCUCAAACUGUCAGUAAAAUGUAGGUAGUUUUGCUAAUUCGACAUCCCAGUGGUUUCAUCAGUCCCUUACAUCAGCCCUCAAAAUCAAGAAAAGUCAGCAAAUGAUUACUUAUUUGCAUGGGCUGCAUCACAAAUAGUGAAGGCUCAGGGUUGAGACGAAAUGGUUUCAAAGGCUCUGUAAAAUGGCUCCUGGUGUUCCACUUCCUGUUUGAGCAGGAAGUGGUGAAAAAAAAUGCUCUUAAAAACGAUAUCCCAUAUACCCCCACAAUCUCCAGGUACUUGAACCUACACACAAAAUUUAAGAAAUACUGAAACGUUCCCUCAUACUCGGUGGUUGGAAUUCAACGUGGAUCCGUUUAAUGGCAGUUUUAAACAAAAUAAAAGGGGUGGGACCUUAACAUCACCUGAGUGUGGAGUAAAUGGAAAUAACGUCAAUCAAAGGCAAAGCUUUCAGAGCUAGGAAGGAGCUCUAGAUGGCGGAUCAGCCUUAGGAAGGGUACUAUGGGCUUUCGUACGUCCCGUUUCUCUUGACUAUCCGGUGGAGGCUCGUUUUUCCGGACGAGUAUUUUCAACCGCGCUUGGACGAGUCGUGUUUCGGGGGGAUUCGAGGACGGUUUUUUUGGCGUAGUUUGGUUGCUUUUUCGACUCGUUUAAAUCGUCUCUGCGGAGCGAAUGCAUGUCGUUGUUUUCCAUACUGGGCUCUGGCAGCCAUGGCGCGCCUCCAUUUUUAGAGCGCUGUGCUCCGUGAGGAGCUUACGUCCGUGCCGUCUAGCUCUUUCAGUAGCUGCCGAUAGAUUAGGCCAAGUACCUUUUCCUUUUUGUUUUUUUUGUACAAACUUCUUUUGUGAUUUAAUUCAUUUUAAAUUUGUUGCUUUUGACCUGAUAUCCUCUUUUUCAUUUGUUUAAAUAUCUAUAGCUUAUGAUAUGGCGGACAUGAUCUAAUACUUCGUUCUACCUUUGUGUGUGAGAAAUUGGUAUGUUUACAUUGCGCUGUACACGAGUUACUUAGUUUGCUACAUUUUGUUGAUAUUAUUGUUACAUUUUAUCCGAUGACGCAGUUGGAAUUAAUGCAUGCGACUUGAUCUUUGGAUAAUGUUGAAGCCGAUACGCUGGGGUUUUUUUUUUCUUCCCCAACUCAACGUAAUCGCACCUGCUGUAUAUAGACAUAGAUAAAUCAGAAAUCUAAUAACGAUUAUUAAAUCGUUCGUGUUAAUGCAUUUUUCACUGCUUGUGUCGCAAAGGCUAGGUUUCUACGGCCACCUGAGCAAAAGCAAUCUUGUGGGACUUGUUUGAUAGUCCAUGUUUCCUCCAACUUUUUGACAGUAAAUACCAGGACUAAAAGAUCAUAACAAAGGCUUUCAACAUAUAACGAUGAUGAAGAAUAAAAAUAAAAAACAGGAGGAUGAAGGUUCGGCUCAGAGCAAUGCAUCAAGCAAUUCUGUCUCAGAAGAAUCCAACCAUUCUGGGUCAGAGUCUGGAAGUCAGUCGGAGAGUGAGCAUGGCAGCGAGCAGAGGAGGUUCCACAACUCGGAGUCCAACAGCUCUUCAGAAUCAGACAGCCAUUCAGACUCGGAAAGUGAAUCUGCGGAGUCCAAAUCGCAACAGACUGCUGCAGAAGUGAAAGACAAACCCGUCAGAAAGAAGGAGAGUCUUGCAGAUGUAAAGAAGAUGUGGGAAGAACAUCCAGAUGUGUAUGGGGUCAGGAGGUCAAAUCGCAGUCGACAAGAGCCCGCCCGUUUAAACAUUGGAGCAGGGGGAAGCAGUGACUCUGAAAGUGAACCCAAGAGAAAGGCAACACGGGCUAAGAAGAAAGAAAAUAUCUGGAAAGAUGAUGACUCAAAUGAUGAAGAGGAGGAGGAUGAGGAAGAUUCCAGCAGUACAGACAGUGAGCAGGAAGAGAAAAAAGUUAGAUCCAGACGACUUCCUGCUAGAAGACCUCAGACUAAAUCUACGACGGCCAAAAAGCAGCAGUCUCAAAAGGGAAGGAAAUCCAGAAAACAGGAGUCAUCCGCCGAAGACGACGACGAUGAUGAUGACGAUGAUGAUGAUGAUGAAGACACUCCGAAGCGACAAACUCGGCGAAGGGGUGCCACGAAAGUCAAAAGUUAUAAAGAGGACCAACACGACUUUGAGACAGACUCUGAUGACCUGAUUGAAAUGGCCGGGGAUGUAGCAGAGGAGCAGCAGGAUGAUGACAGUGAGACCAUAGAGAAGAUAAUGGACACCAGAACUGGCAAAAAAGGAGCUACUGGGGCUUCGACUACUUGGUAUGCUGUGGAGGAAAAUGGAGACCCGGGUGAAGGCUUUGACCCAGAGAAAGAUGAGGGAGAGAUUCAGUAUCUGAUCAAAUGGAAGGGAUGGUCCUACAUCCACAACACAUGGGAGAGCAUGGACUCCUUGACACAGCAGAAGGUCAAGGGACUCAAGAAACUGGACAACUAUAAAAAGAAGAACGACGAGCUCAAUGCUUGGUUGAGAAGAGCGUCUCCUGAGGAUAUAGAGUAUCAUAACUGCCAGCAGGAGCUCACAGCAGAGUUGAACAAACAGUUUCAGAUUGUCGAGCGGAUCAUCGCAACCAAAACAGGGAAGACGCAAGGACCCUCGGACUUCCCUUCUCACAGUCACAAGACAUCGUCAUCCUCCGAACCAGAGUACUUAUGCAAAUGGAUGGGCUUGCCCUAUGCGGAGUGCAGCUGGGAAGAUGGUGCGCUGGUCAGUAAGAAGUUUCAGCGCUGUAUAGACAGCUUCACUCACCGUAACUCCAGCAAAACGGUUCCCUCCAAAGACUGCAAAGUGUUGAAACAAAGGCCAAGAUUUGUUGCACUAAAGAAACAACCGUCUUACAUUGGUGGCGAGGGCCUAGAGUUGAGAGAUUACCAGUUGGCCGGGCUGAACUGGCUGGCUCAUUCCUGGUGCAGGUGCAAUAGUGUUAUCCUUGCUGAUGAGAUGGGUCUUGGAAAGACCAUCCAGACCAUCUCCUUCCUGUCCUACCUGUUCCACCAGCAUCAGCUUUACGGGCCCUUCCUGCUUGUGGUGCCCCUGUCUACGCUUACCUCCUGGCAGAGGGAGUUUGACACCUGGGCCCCUGACACGAAUGUGGUGGUCUAUCUUGGGGAUGUCAUGAGCAGGAAAACGAUCCGUGACUAUGAGUGGGUGAACCAUCAAACAAAAAGAAUCCGUUUCAAUGCACUUAUAACCACAUAUGAAAUUCUACUGAAAGACAAGGGUGUUCUGGGUAACAUCAACUGGGCCUUUCUGGGAGUGGAUGAAGCUCACAGGCUGAAGAAUGAUGACUCUCUUCUGUACAAAACGUUAAUGGACUUCAGGUCCAAUCACAGGCUGCUCAUUACCGGCACCCCACUGCAGAACUCCCUCAAAGAGCUUUGGUCUCUUUUGCACUUCCUAAUGCCUGACAAGUUUGAGUUUUGGGAAGAUUUUGAGGAGGAGCAUGGGAGAGGGAGAGAAAAUGGAUAUCAGAGCCUUCACAAAGUCCUUGAGCCCUUUCUGCUACGGCGUGUUAAGAAAGACGUGGAGAAAUCCUUGCCCGCCAAAGUGGAACAGAUCCUCCGCGUAGAUAUGUCUGCUCAGCAGAAACAAUUCUACAAGUGGAUUUUAACAAGGAACUACAAAGCUCUCUCCAAAGGCAACCGUGGCAGCUCCUCUGGCUUCUUGAACAUUGUUAUGGAGCUGAAAAAGUGCUGCAACCACGGGUUCCUCAUUAGACAGCCAGAGGAGGGGGAGAGCGAAACCCAGCAGGAGCACCUGCAGAAUCUAGUGAGGGCUAGUGGGAAGCUGAUUCUGUUGGACAAGCUGCUGACCAGACUUAAAGAGAGGGGCAACAGAGUCCUCAUCUUCUCCCAGAUGGUCAGGAUGUUGGACAUUCUGGCUGAGUACUUAACCCAGAAACGCUAUACAUUCCAGCGUUUGGACGGUUCCAUAAAGGGAGAAAUUCGAAAGCAAGCACUUGACCACUUUAACGCAGAGGGCUCGGAGGACUUUUGCUUCUUGCUUUCAACCAGAGCUGGAGGGCUGGGAAUAAACCUGGCCUCAGCAGACACCGUGGUCAUCUUUGACUCAGACUGGAAUCCUCAAAACGACCUGCAGGCACAAGCCAGAGCUCACAGAAUUGGCCAGAAGAAACAGGUCAAUAUAUAUCGACUGGUUACCAAAGGAACUGUUGAAGAGGACAUCAUCGAGAGAGCAAAGAAGAAGAUGGUCUUGGACCAUCUUGUCAUUCAGAGAAUGGACACCACUGGGCGGACCGUACUGGACAGCAACUCUGGGAACUCAAACUCCAAUCCAUUCAAUAAAGAGGAAUUGACUGCCAUCCUCAAGUUUGGAGCCGAGGAUCUUUUCAAAGAGGCAGAGGGAGAGGAGUCUGAACCACAGGAAAUGGACAUUGAUGAGAUACUGAGGUUAGCUGAAACAAGAGAAAGUGACCAGGGAUCAAGUGCUACAGAUGAGCUCCUCUCUCAGUUUAAGGUGGCCAAUUUCUCCACCAUGGAAGAGACCGCUCCAGAGCUGGAGGAAAGGCCCAUACGAGACUGGGAUGACAUCAUCCCAGAGGACCAGCGGCGCAAGCUGGAGGAGGAAGAGAAGCAGAGGGAGAUGGAAGACAUCUUUAUGCUGCCCCGGAGCAGGAGCUCUAACAAGAAGGCUCAGGCCAACGACAGUGAUAGUGAUGUGGGCUCCAAGCUGAAACAUCGAUCCUCAGGCUCAGAGAGUGAGACAGAUGAUAGUGAGGAUGACAAGAAGCCGAAGAGGAGAGGCCGACCUAGAGCCCGUAAAAACAAUGUAGAAGGCUUCACUGAUGCUGAGAUUCGCCGGUUCAUUAAGGCAUAUAAAAAGUUCGGCUCUCCACUUGAAAGGUUAGAGGCCAUUGCCAGAGACUCAGAGCUGGUAGACAAAUCGAUUGCAGACCUCAAGAGACUGGGUGAAUUGGUUCACACCAACUGUGUGGCUGCAGUGCAGGAGCACGAGGAGCACCUCAAAGAGAACCCCACUGAAGCCAAGGGUCCUGGGAAACGAAGGGGGAUUAACAUCAAGAUUUCAGGAGUGCAAGUCAACGCCAAGUCCAUCAUCCAACACGAGGAAGAGUUUGAGCCUUUACACAAAGCUGUGCCCGCCAGUCCUGCUGAGAGAAAUAAGUUCCAGCUGACAUGCAGGGUCAAGAUAGCCCACUUCGAUGUGGACUGGAAUCUGCAGGAUGACAUACAACUUUUACUAGGUAUCUACGAACACGGCUACGGUAACUGGGAUCUGAUCAAGACCGACCCUGACCUCAAACUGGCUGACAAGAUUCUCCCCGGUGACCCAAGCAAGAAACCCCAGGCCAAGCAGCUGCAGGGUAGAGCAGACUAUCUUCUUAAGAUGCUUAAGAAGGAGCAAGACAGCAACGACCUGUCCAAAAUGGGGGAGGAGGCCAAAGUGAAGAAGAGGAAGCCCCGGGUAAAAAAGGACAACAAGAUCCUCAAGGACGAACAAGGCAACGACAUCUCCUCCCCUCGCCUGUCAGACAACCCCUCGGAGGAGGGUGAGGUUAAAGACGACGGUACAGAGAGGUCCCCUGCCAAGAAGCGGCAAAAGAAGAAAGAUAAUAAAGAAAACAAAGAGAAACAGGGACUGCCGAAAAAGGAGAAGGAGGGGGACAAAGAGAAAAAGGGCACCAAGCCCAAAAGAGAGAAGACUAAAGGAGGCAAAGGGAAAAAAACCCAGGGCCCAGUACACAUCACUGCCGGGUCCGAUCCUAUUCCCAUUGGAGAGGAGGAUGAUGAGCUUGAUCAGGAAACUUUCAGCAUUUGUAAGGAACAAAUGAGGCCGGUGAAGAAGGCUCUGAAGCAGCUGGAUAAGCCCGACGAGGGUCUAUCUGUCCAGGAGCAGCUCCAACAUACACGCACUUGCCUACUGAAGAUAGGAGACCGUAUCACAGAGUGCCUUAAAACAUACAGUGACCCAGAGCAUGUGAAAACAUGGCGGCGAAACCUCUGGAUUUUUGUGUCCAAGUUUACAGAGUUUAGUGCGAGGAAGCUUCACAAGCUUUAUAAGAUGGCGCAGAAGAAGCGGGCACACGAAGAAGAGAAGGAACAGAAGAAGAGGGAGGACCCUGCAGGGAGGGCAAAGCUUUUCAGACCUGAGCCUUCUGGUUCCAGUCGAGACUCUGUAGGCACACAGCCGUCCUCUAAGUCUAUGUCUCACCCCUCUCAGCCAGGCUCCCAUGGACACCACAGAGAAUCAUACAAUCCCUCUAAUAAACGACACUUUGGCAAUGACGAUAGAGGAGAGUGGCAGAGGGACCGUAAAUACGGUUACCCAAGCAACAGCAACCAGCCAUGGCAAGGAGAUCGACAUCAUCCAUACGACCCCCAUCGGUAUAAGGAUCACUACGGCGACCGUCGUCCCCAUGGAGAUCCCUACCGCAGUUCAGGCAGUUACCGUAACAACAGCUCCCCUCGAAAAAGGCCAUAUGAGCAGUACGGAAACGACCGGGACCACAGGGGUCAUCGACCUUAUUACGACAGGAAUCCAGAUGCCAAGAGGAGGCGGUCCGAUGAAUUUCGUCCCGCUAAUUACCACCAGGGCCGGGAAGGACCCCUUCAGGACUUCAGAAGGAUGCCGGAGCACAGGCCAGCGGGCCCAACUGGGCCAGAACAUUACAGGCCCUUUCACCCGGACAAACCCCCUCCCUUGAUCGACCCGCGUUCCCCGCAGGGACAGAAGUCCCCACAGGACUCCCGCUCGCCGUCCGAGAGGCCGGCAGAGCAGAAAGCCGGGGCAGACCCGAACUGGAACAGCAGGAAAACAUAAAGCUGCACGUGCGGGCUGAAAAGCAGAGCCGGGGGGCCUCGUCGUUAGUCAAAGCCACAUGCUGCUUAUGAAUUCGUCUGGACUAGCCAAUCAUAAGCUUGCAGUUGUAAAGGGAAUCAACAUGUACCCCCCCCCUCUUUUUUUUUUUUUUUUUUUUUUUUAAACCAGCAAAACGAUUACACUCCUCCAAGUGACAGUGAAUGGCUGUGAAUGAUGGUCACCCUCAAGGAAGGAAAAGGUUUCGUCAAAUCAUCUCAUGAUCAUGUGGGGGGAAAAGAAAGAAUGAAAGCACCCUUAUCUAAUUGAACUGACUUGAUCAGUCCAAUAACAUGCACUCCAAAUGAAGCAAAGGGUUUCCUCCAACCAUCUUUAUGACGAUGAUGAUGGGGGGAAAAAAAGGAGGAAAUAAAAAGGAUCUUUAUUUAAAUUAACUGACUUGAUAAGACCAUGUUUAGUCCCGUGGACUAUUAACCUAAGGAAGCUGUAAGAACUGAUACUGCUGACUGAUCUCAAAUCCUAAAAGUGCCUGAAGUGUUUGGCCUUCCGAGUGGUAAACAUGUGGGAUUAUUCCUAAAGGAACCAUGACAUGUACAAUGUUCCCUUUCUUCCCUUUUUUGGUGUUGAGCUUUAAGUCAAGAGAAUGUGUGUUUUGUUUUUCAUCUGCACCUUCAAAUCUUUAUCUUGCCCAUGUAGCUGAGCCACAUGGGGGGGGGGGGUCAGUUGGGGGGGGCGGUGUCAUUGCAGAAAGACAGAAUGAAGUUGUCCCCCUUUUUCCUAAACAACAGGGUGGCGUAAUUGUUUUCAUAGUCACGAAGAAUGUCGAUCAAGCCAGUAGCUACACCUCUCAAUAAUGUUCAGUGGAGGGGUUGGAAAAGUUUGGCGAUAUAAUAUCUCACCGUGUGUGUCGAUAAUCACAAUUUCUCCGUUUGUAUUGUAUGUCCCUGUUCACCGUAACCACUUUCCUAUCGGGCCUAAAAAUGGUAUUUAUGACAAAAUGUGUAAAAGUUGAAAACACUACGACUUCCAUCGGAGCAAUCCGUUAUUUAUGUCCUUCAUGACUUGGGGUAGUAUGGUAACAAUGGUACUUUGUUGUAUAUUUUUAAUACUUCACUCCUGGCAGUUUGUCCCCCCCCCCUCCCACCCACGUGUUUAAGUAUUCAAACAUGUUUGAAAGUAAUUGUCAAAAACUGAUCAUAAUCCAUAGUUUCUUCUUCUUCUUCUUUUUUUUUUUUUACUGAUUUACAGCUACAUUUGCGCUAAUAUUGUUAUAUUUGAGUUAUUUGGGAGUUGCUGGUAACUUUUGACUACAUCGGCUAUUACUUCAGUCUUUUUUUGGUGCCAAAUCAGAAGCUGGUUCUACUCUGGCUCCCAUUUCUUCCUUUUCUCUGGUGUUGUGAUCACGCUUCUCCAUUUGUGCCUUAUUUCUGUGUGCGUUAUCAUAUUGUAUAUGGGUUCAUGGACACUACUUUGGUUUAACAGACGACAGGAUGCAGUAUUAAAGUCACAUGUUAAGGAGAUUGCUCUGGAUGGUUAAGCUGUAGUAUUCGGUGACAAAUGGUGGGGUGGGGCU